CUUAGGGAAAAGAUCAGAAGAGACAAAAUGCGUUAUCGGGAACAAACAGCAUCUCAUGAAGCUAAGGACUCAAGUAAAGGGAUAAUUAAUUAAUAGACAUUUUUAAAAAUCUCAAAAACUUUGAGACAAAAAUUUUUAUAAUAAAUUUGUGUCUUUCUGAGUUUUAAAUAAACAACCCCUGAACAAAUUUUAUGAAUCCUUUAUAAAAUAUAAUAUUGAGCAAUGGGGAAUGGGGCUGAAAGUUUGACAAAACAUGCAUACAAGUAACUCAACUUAUAAGAAUCCCAAUUAGCGUGCCCCCCCCCCCCAGGGCUCGAAACGCACAUGUUUACAUGCCCCUGAACUAUUUUAAUAUUCUAAUGACCCACCCGCUUUUACACUGAAGAUUUAUUUCACCAACUAUUUCAGGAAAACAAAAGAAAACAUUAUGCACUAAAGGCACUUGCGAUAUUUUUUUAAAAAGAAUCUCAUUUUGAGCAGUUAUCUGGAAUUUUAUUUUUUGAAAUAAUAUUUCUUCAUCUUUCCAUUGAAAAACAGAUUUUUGGGGUUUGGGGCUGAAAAUUUGAAAGAAUGUGUUGUCAUCGGCAACAAGUCUAUGUGCUAAAUUUCAGCUCUAUAGGUUGACAGGAAGUGAGUCAUUUAGCCAUCCAAAUAUUUUUGCCAGCAACGAACAAAAGUAAAGUUUAUAAAGGAUUUAAAAAAUGAUUCAUGGACUGAAAUCAAUAUUUAUUCUUUGUCUUAAUAAAUUAUUUUGAAACAUGAUUUUAAAUGGGUUGCAUGGGAUUUCCAAAACAGGAUUAUGAAGUAAAAUAUAAGAAUUGAUUGUUCUUAUGAGAGAGAAAUUUUCACUAAUUUAAUUAAUUGAAUGUCUGAUAUAAAACAUAAUUUUUUAUUGCUGUUAUUUCUGCUCUCUUUAGGUCUAAUUAAAUGUCCGUACUGUGAUCGUCAGUUUAACCCUACAACUGCUGGAACACAUAUCCCAUGGUGCAAGGAAUAUGUAAAAAAGUAUGGCAUCCCCAUGAACUUUAGAUCUUCAAAACAAGGAGAUUAUCAUGAAUCAAACGAUGAGAAUUUUGAUUAUAGUACAAACUUGAAGAAAGAUACAUUUAGUGGAACAGGCAGAGAAAGAGCUACAGAGGUAAGAUCAUAAAAUAAUGGUUGUGAUACAGAUAGAAUAAUAUUAUUGUGUGAAGAAUUUCUGCCAUAGGGCAUGUAUCCGUGCAAAAAAUUGUUGUAAGCCUCAAAAGCUUUUCAAAAUCUUUUUUAACCUCUGUUCACAAUUUUUUUUUCUCAGUAUGCCAAGAACAUUAAGAAACCCAGCACUUCAAGAAAAGGUAAAUCUUAUGUUAACAAAAUAACAGUUUUAACGUUUUGGACGAACGCAUGUACAGCUAUUCAUAUAUGAGACAUUUAUAAUACUUUUUUUUUUAAAAACUAAAUAGUUUGGUAUAUAAAUAGAUUGUAUUAGUAUAUAUCAAGAAUCAAUUUAAAGAUGAUAACAAAACUCAUAAAAAAAUUAAGAUUUUUUAUAGUCAUAAAAUAAUGUAAAAAUGACAAUGUGUACAUAGGUUUCAUUUUGUGUGAUUAAUUAAUGACCUCGGAAAUCUCUGACAUGACUUAUGUUAUCUGUCAAAUGCUUAUUUAGUUUUAAAACAAUUUCUCCUUUAAACAAUUUUGUUCUUAGACACGCUUGAGAAUGAAAAAACCGGAAAUGAUAAAAAAUUUCCAUACACCAGGUAAGAAUCACUUUAUCGUGCAGUUCAUAAAAGACAAAUAAAUGCUUUAGUUAUUGUUCAAACAAUUUCUUUUUAUCAAUCAUAUGACAAUUAAUUGUUCAAAAAUUAAUUUCAUGAAAUCUUUAUUAUUUUUUUUUUGUAUUGUUUUAGAUUUGUAAAUUAGGAACUACACAAUAUUUUAUUUAGUUUUUUGGUGAAUCAAAAAUAAAGUUUUACCACAACCGUAUUCUAUAAUCAUUGCCUCUUCAAGACCAAGAAUGCCAAGUGCUUUUGGUGUAGCUGGAUCUAAAUUUGCAUCAGAUCCAUCAGGAAGAGAUUUUGGAGACAUGGGCUACACACCAUCGCCAUCUGACGGUCCAGAUAAGACUAGGACUACAAUGAGGCGGUCAUCAGUGCCUGGGAAUUUUUCAAACUCCAAAACCACAUCAGGUGGUAAAAAACCAGGUUCUUACAGAAGUGACUUUAAACAGAAACAUUCCUAGCGUUUUAUUUUUUUGCAUUUAUUUUUGUCUAAAUGUGCAG